AUGGCGGCCUGUGCACUACGCCGAGGUCUACUGAGCACUGUCACUAAAUACAACAGAAAACACUCUCACAGACUACUGGUGACCGCGGCGGACAGUAGCGGGGGAUGGGAUGUGUUCAGACGCCGGCUCCAGUGUCGUGUUUGUGGGCUGACGGCUCUGCACGGGUCGCUGCUCCAUCCACAGCAGCAGCGGAGGGGUAUGUCGUCGCGGAACAGGCCUGAGGGGAAGAUUUUGGAGACUGUCGGAGUGUUUGAAGCAGUGAAACAACACGGAAAAUAUGAAACGGGACAGCUCUUUCUGCACAGUGUUUUUGGAUACAGAGGGAUCGUCCUGUUCCCGUGGCACGCCAGACUCUACGACCGCGACGUCACCCCUCCCAUGUCCGACAGUAAACCAGAGCCACCUGGAGCUCACGGCUCAAAGGAGGUGAAAGGCAAAACUCACACCUACUACCAGGUCCUGAUCGACACCAGAGACUGCCCCCACAUAUCUCAAAGAUCCCAGACAGAAGCAGUGACAUUUUUGGCAAAUCACGACGACAGCCGAGCCCUGUACGCCAUCCCAGGUCUGGAUUACGUGAGCCAUGAAGACAUCCUCCCCUAUCACUCCACAGAGCAGAUUCCUAUCCAACAUGAACUUUUCGAGCGCUUCCUUGUCUACAACCCAUCCAAAACUCCUCCGUUCACGCCCCGCGACACGCUGAAGGCCUGGCAGGAGAAGAACCACCCUUGGCUGGAGCUGUCGGACGUCCACCGGGAGACCACCGAGAACAUCCGUGUGACUGUGAUCCCCUUCUACAUGGGCAUGAGGGAGGCCCAGAACUCUCAUGUUUAUUGGUGGCGAUACUGCAUCCGCUUGGAGAACAUGGGCAGUGAGGUAGUGCAACUGAGGGAGCGACACUGGAGAAUCUUCAGUUUGUCUGGAACUCUGGAGACUGUCCGAGGCAGAGGAGUUGUGGGACGGGAGCCUGUGUUGUCAAAAGAACAGCCAGCCUUUCAGUACAGCAGUCAUGUGUCUUUGCAGGCCCCUAGUGGUCACAUGUGGGGGACAUUCCGCAUUGAGAGAACGGAUGGUUCCCACUUUGACGUUCGCAUUCCUCCUUUCUCCUUGGAGAGCAACAAAGACGACAAAGCGCCACCUGCCGGUUACACGUUUUAA